AUGACGUCCACAAUUGGCAUCCCGAUCAAGCUGCUGAACGAGGCUCAGGGCCACAUUGUGACCCUGGAGAUCACCUCUGGCCAGACCUACCGCGGCAAGCUCAUCGAAGCCGAAGACAACAUGAACGUGCAGCUCAAGGACAUUACGGUGACGGCGCGCGAUGGAAGAGUCAGCCAUCUGGAGCAGGUCUACAUUCGAGGCAGUCACGUUCGGUUCUUCAUUGUCCCAGACAUGUUGAGGAAUGCGCCCAUGUUCCGAAGCCGCAACGUCCGUGGUCGUGGUGUGGGUUUGGCAAGAGGCAGGGCGACCGUUAGCAGGGCAAGGGCUGGUGGACGGGGAGGCAGAUAG